CUCAGCUUUCAGACAUCCAGCAGCUCGAGGUGAAAUCAGGAGCCUUUGACCGUAGGACCAAGGAGGUUCAUCAGUUGCACAUUAAAACCUGUGAGGAAAAAGGGAAUGAAAACAAGAUGGCUGCAACUUUAAGAAUCAUUCUUGGAGAGGACAACGCAUCAAAAUUAUCUCUUCCCAAUGGGAUACCCAGUUCACUAGAGUACCUUAAGGAAGAAAUUAGAAGGCAAUUUGGUUUGACUGGAAACUUCAGGCUUCAGUACAGAGACAUUGAAUUUGACAACGAGUUUGUGAACUUGACACUGCCUUCAGAAAUCAAAGACAAGUCCACAGUUAAAGUUGUUUACUUGCCAGUUGAGUCGGAUGUAGUCUCCCUCAAUGCCACACUCCAGGAAAGAGAUGACUGUUCCACCCCAUGUUCUCUAGCUGAUACAGACAUUCUUUCUUCUGCUGAAUCUACCUCGUCAGAUUCUUCACUGAGAUCACAACCAUGGCCCUUGAAAUUCCAAAUACCUGAGUUUAGUUAUGAGGUGCAGUUUCAGUUAGAACAAGGAAACCAAGCCUUCCUUAACAAUGGUACUCUUCUGCAUCCAAGUACCAAACUCAAAUCUGAUAUAUUGCAAAGUUUGGCAUCAGAAAUGGUCAAAUACAAAAUCUAUCCUUCCAGCGCAGAAUUUGAUAAUGUAGCGGAGGCCUUGAUAACAAAAUAUCCAUGUUUAAAGGAGCAAGGUUCAGUCACUGGCUAUUAUGGAUGGAAAAUCAGCCUGAAAUACAAAAUGGCAAACUAUCGAACUAGACUAAGGAACAUCGGCUGCCAAGAGCUGACCAUUAAUUCAGUGAAAGAAAAGCGAAGUGGCAUGGGUCCAGGUCCCAACCAGGUGAAGAAGCCACGGAAGGCAGAAGUCAACUUCUGUCCGGAUUAUCCACCAGGUGAAACUAAAGAGAGCCUUGAGGAAGAAAGGAAAGCUCUUCUACUAGAGGUCAAAAAGAAGAAUAAUGAUCAACUAAUAAAAAGAAAAAUGGAAAAAACCUUUGCCUACCGAAGACAGGAAAUCAUCAAAGACAUGCCAUUCAUUGCAGAGGUCAAAAACAGAUGGCCUGCCCUGUUUUCAGAGACUGAGGUUGUUGCAGAGUUCACCCGCAUCACCAUGGUCCCUUUGUUGUCGACUUUCAUGGCCAAGCUGGACCACUACGCUGACCACCUUAGAGUGUUCAAAAAGAAAGGGGGGACAGCUAAACGCAAUAUCAACUUAAUCAUGGCAGCCAUGGAUGGGGAAUGUAUUUUAGUUUACCUUGAUUGA